AUGGAUACCGCUGCUUUUGUUAGAGCAAACUCAUCAAAUUUGCCAAAAGUAGACCCAUAUAUGCUUAUGGAGUUUAUGAAAAAUAGCGACAAACAUAAUGCUGGUGAAAUAAGAGAUGCCAAAGCUUUAUCGUCUUCAAGAGAAUCAUAUGUUGACACUGCUAUCGGCUAUGUCGAAAUAAAACGGACUGGAAAUCUUUGUGAUGUAAGAGCGAAAGUUGUUCCUGAACAAAGAGUAACAAGCAAAUACUAUGUUGUGAUGGUCCACCUAGACGAGGCAAAUGAAUCAAUCAUAGAUACUUCAUGUGACUGUGCAGCGGGGGCUGGUGGGUGUAAACAUACUGUUGUUGUACUACAUUGGCUACAAAAACGAAGUGAUGAACCUUCACCUACCAGUGUCCAAUGCUACUGGACGAAACCCAACCUUAAACGAGCUCUAGAAAGACCGGUAAUGUGUAAAGAUUUGGCGAAAGGAGAAGUAGCCGAAAGGGGGCCAAAGGACCCUCGUGUACUAAAAAGACUGAGAGAAGAAGCAAUGAAACAUGGUUGUGGCAAAAGCCUGCUCAGUGCAUAUGAUCCUGAAAGACCAACUACCAUCAUGUCAAAAUAUUGCAUUUUUGACAUGAUGGUAGAUUUUUUUGAAAAGGAAAAUACUCCAAGUUUCAAUAAGUUUAAAAUAUUUAGCAAAGAAGUAAUGCGAGAAAAUAAAGAAAAAAUCAUGAAAGAAACGGAAGGCCAAGUGAACUCGAAGCUGUGGCAUUCUAUUCGACAAGGCCGAAUCACAGGUUCAAAGAUUUAUGAAGUCGCUCAUUGCAAGACACCCCAGGGCAGUCUUGUUGAAGAAAUAUUAGGAGGAAGCAAAGCACCAGAAACGAAAGCCAUGAAAAGGGGUAAAAUCCUAGAAAAACGAGUACUAAAUAAACUAAGAACUGAUAUAAAUAAAGAAAUAGAAGAAUGUGGAUUUUUGAUAAUAGAUGGAAUUUUUGGAGCAUCGCCUGAUGGCAUUGGAGAUGACUUUGUGGUCGAAAUUAAGUGUCCCAUUUCUGACAAAACUAAAAAAAACUAUAUAAAGAAUGGGCAAAUUGCUAAUAAGUUCAUGGGCCAAGUGCAAUUAGAGAUGCUAGCGGCUGGCAAAAAUAAGUGUUUGUUCUGUGUAGCGGACCCAAAAUUUGAGAGCAACGGGAUAAUUGAGAAGAUUAUAGUAAACUUUGAUAAAGAUUAUAUCGAUAAUUUGAUGAAAGAUGCAGAGAAAUUUUGGAAAGAGAAUGUGUAUCCUGUAAUUUUGAAAAGUGCAUCUACAGCAUAA